AUGGACGACUCGAACCGUAUGAGGAGGCAGAAUGAACCGCCGGUCCAUUCGAACCCCAAUCAGAGAUACUCACUCAACGACCCGUCACAACAGCGCCGUUCGCUCGCUGGAAUUUCCAACGACAGAUAUCGCCCUGCAUCCCUUGCUGGCCCUUCAUCAUCAGGGCGAGGCAUGGGAGCUCCGGGUAACUACAGUAACUACUAUUCAGAACCCAGUGCAUCAUUCUCGACGGCAAAUAUGCCUGGCACAGCUAUAGCUUAUGGCCCUGAGUACGGCCACGACUCCCGCCAAACACAAGGUUUUGGCGGCUACAGCACCGCAACUACGAUGAUGUAUAACGUUGGCCAACCGAGUACGCAAAACACGGUUUACGAUGCGCAGCAAUUCAGCUCGCGGCAACCUGCAGCUAUGCAAAUGAUGCCACCAGACGUCGCCUCGAGCUACUUUGGGUCCGAGGCUGGGGCCUCAGCUGGCCCGAGUCUACAGCAACCGGCGCAGGGCUCAAGCGGAUCCGCGAAUGUUUAUCAGCAAAGCAAUGCCAUGAAUUAUGCGAGCAACAGCAUGUCCAGUGUGAGCGCAAUGCCACAGGCAGCAAACACCGCCGAUGUAUCAAUGACAGACGACCACGACUAUGCGGAAGGCGCCCUCGAAGAGAAAUGGGUCAGUUACCAGAGGCAGCUAGGGAGCAUAUUUCAGGAGAUAGUGAAUGGAUCUCUUGAGAGUGCAUCUGAGACAUUGCUUAGCGUCACUAGCUGGCUCUUGUCUCAGGUCGCAGAUCUAGGUCUUAACCUUGACGAUACCAACCUUCAUGCUGAUCGUAUUCAGCUGUGGAACGACUUCAACCACGCUUGGCUCGGAUUGGGCCAGCGCCAAAUUGACCUAAUGACUUCAUCCCAACAACUUUCGAGGACGCAAAGUCUGGUUUCAAAGGCCAUGAUUAAAAAGAUGGGAAACGAACUAAUAAGGCUUUGUGACGGUAUAGAGCGUCAUGGCUUGGUGGACUAUCAAUAUGGAGUAUGGGAGGAUCAAAUAACUGCUGGUGAGCAACUGCAGUCCCGCCCCGAGAGUUUGACUGGAUUCGCUAACAUGUGCAUGCAGUUCUCGAAGACUGUCUGGACUUAUACGAUGCUUCGGAAGAAGGCAGUGACAGCGGCAACCGAUAACGUGCACAGUUAA